AUGUUUCUUGGCGCUGAGGACAAGGUUCCUGGCGUUGGAGACAAGGUUUCUGUCGCUGAGGACAAGGUUCCUGGCGCUCUGGACAAGGUUACAGGGGCUGAGGACAAGGUUUCUGCCGCUGAUGACAAGGUUCCUGCCGCUGAGGACAAAGUUCCUGUCGCUGAGGGCAAGGCUCCUGGCGCUGAGGACAAGGCUCCUAUCGCUGAAGAGAAUGCUUUUGGCGCUGAGGAAAAGGCUUCUGGCGCUGAGGAAGGGUUUCUGGAACUGAGAACAAGGCUCCUGGCGCUGAGGAAAAGAGUCCUGGCGCUGAGGAAAAGGGUCCUGGCGCUCAGGAGAAGGCUCCUGGCGAUGAGGACAAGACUCCGGGCGCUGAGGACAAGGCUCCUGGUGCUGAUGACAAGGCUCCUGGCGCUGAGGACAAGGCUCAUGGCGCUGAUGGCAGGAGCCGCUGAGGACAAGGUUCCUGGCGCAGAUGACAAGUUUCCUAGCACUGAGGACAAGGUUACUGGGGCUGAGGACAAGGUUCCUGCCGCUGACGACAAGGUUCCUGCCGCUGAGGACAAGGUCCCUGUCGCUGAGGACAAG